UACCAAUACCAUUUUAUCCGGAUUUGUCAAACUAUAUGCAUGGUUUCCAUCUACCAAUGCCACGUGCGUGGUUACCACCAUUUGUAGUUUGUCCUGAUGCAAACCCAUCUACAUGGACUAGUCAGGGAAAUCCACUUCCCCCAUUUCACUCGUCAGUUUUCUCUCCGAUUGGUGCUCAGUCGACAAGUGCAAGCCAUGUGGAUGAAAUCCAACAUAUAUCACCCGAGUCUAGUGGAAAAAGUUUGUCUACGCCCUCCAUUCAUGAUACAAAUGAACCCAAUGAUGCUGAUCAGUCCGGGAAUACUGUUGAAGUCAAAGAUGCCGAUCAGUCCGGGGGUACAAAUACUAUGCAUACUGAAGAGGCCGAUAUCGUUGAGGAGCCGAAGUUGGGAAUGGUGUUUAAAUCUGAAGAGGAGUUACUUUCUUACUAUAAACGAUAUGGGCAACAAUCCGGUUUUGGGAUUAACAAACAAAGGAGUCAUAGGUUUGAGGAUGGGAGUAUUAGAUAUGUCACAUUGGGUUGUGCUCGUGGUGGGAAGGCACGGAACCGUACGACAAAUGUUGCGAGACCGCGUCCGACAUCAAAGACAGAAUGUAAGGCAAGGAUAAAUGUGAUGUUUGACAAAGGGGUGUUGAAGGUGUCCAGUGUUAACAAUUCCCAUAAUCACGGGCUAAGUCCACAAAAAUCGAGGUUCUUUCGCUGCAAUAGAGAAGUGAGCUCGUCUGUUAAGAGAGUGCUAGAUAUAAAUGAUCAGGCUGGGAUCAGAAUGAACAAGAGUUUCGCCGCUCUUGUUCAAGAAGCGGGUGGUUUUGAGAACUUGCCAUUCACUGAAAAAGACUGCCGUAAUUACAUUGACAAGGCACGCCACCUUCGACUAGGAAAAGGUGGCGCUGGAGCCCUCCGUGAGUACUUUACUCGGAUGCAAUAUAAGAAUGACGGGUUCUUUUCAGUAAUGGAUAUGGAUGAUGACGGGCGGUUGAGAAAUGUAUUCUGGGCGGACGCCCGAAGUAGGGCAGCCUACAAAUAUUUUGGAGACGUCGUCACAUUCGACACGACAUAUUUGACAAAUAGAUAUGGGAUGCCGUUUGCACCGUUUGUUGGUGUAAACCAUCAUGGUCAGUCAAUUCUUUUGGGGGCAGGAUUAAUUUCUAGUGAGGAUACAGAAACGUUCACAUGGUUAUUUCAGACUUGGUUGACUUGUAUGGAUGGUGAAGCUCCCAAGGCUAUUAUCACAGAUCAAGAUCGAGCCAUGAAAAAUGCUAUUAGUCUCGUCUUUCCAAACUCCCGACACAGAUAUUGCUUAUGGCACAUAUUGAAGAAAUUGCCAGAGAAACUAGGUUCACAUGGUGCAUACAAAACUGGUUUGAAAAGCCAAUUGCUUGCUUCUGUGUAUGACUCUCACACGAAAGAGGAGUUUGAGGGCUCUUGGCAAGUGUUGAUUACGAAGUACAACUUGCAGGAGAAUCAGUGGUUGAAGAGUUUAUACGCUGAGCGUACAUAUUGGGCACCAGUGUUCAUGAAAGAUGUUUUUUGGGCUGGAAUGAGUACAACCCAAUGAAGCGAGAGCAUGAAUGCAUUUUUUGACGGGUAUGUUCAUGCUAAGACAAACUUAAAAGAGUUUGUCGAUCAGUUUGAUAAUGCAUUGAGGAAGAAGAUUGAGAGUGAAAGUGAGGCGGAUUUCCAGUCAUUCAACGUCACAAUUCCCGUCGUCUCUCCCUCUCCACUUGAGAAGAUUUUUCAAGAGAUAUACACUUGCAAUAAAUUUAGAGAAGUUCAGAAAGAAGUUAUAGGGAUACUUGCAACUCUUCCAGCUCUACACCAGAAGGAUGGUGUAAUUGCAACGUACCAUGUAGAAUGUGAAGUGAAUGCUGAUGAAUUCAUGAAGGAGGUGACUCACACAGUGUACUUUAAUGAGGCCGAAUGCGAAGUGAAGUGUUCAUGUGCCUUGUUUGAGAUGAGAGGGAUAUUGUGUAGACAUGUAUUAGGCAUUAUGAGAGUUAACAAAGUCCAUUCGGUUCCAGAAAAGUACAUACUUGAUCGAUGGAGGAAAGACAUAAAAAGGACAUACACUCUUAUACCUUCUUCUUAUGACUUAGUUGAUCAGAGGCCUGAAGUUAGCAGAUAUUCACGUAUCAUCAAGAAAUGUUACGAAGUAGCCACAAAUGCAUCGUCAUGUGAUGAGCACACUGAGGAUAUGCUAGCUAAACUAGAUGCGAUGAACUUAGGCUACCACACGAACUUGCCGCCCUCGAAGGUUGGUGUGAUUCAUGCCAACACAACCACAGAUGCAAGUUCUAAGAAAGUGCUGAGUCCUCAUGUAGUAAGAGGAAAAGGUAGACCUCCAACUCUUAGAAAGAAAUCAAUGAUUGAGAAAGUUAAACCCACGACGAAGAAGGCAAGUCAAAAGGGAAAGCGUAAACAGCCACAUGGACACGAAGGCGAAGUUGUUGGAACGUGCAGGAAUUUAUUUGGGGUAACAGUUGUUGGAACACAACAAAAUGUCCCAGUUGAGCCAAUACAUAAGACUACCGAAGUGUCCGACUUUAGUAUAGCGGAGUUUGGGUUUGCCGUGAAUCAGACUCAAGAAAGUAUUUGGCUUGGUCCGGAUGGAACCCAACCGGAUAGCUUGCGUGAGACACAACCGUCACAAUGAGAGACUUUUAUCUGGUUUGUAUGGAGAUUGCUUAAUACAUGGUUAGUCUUUCCAAUUUUGCUUGCUUAUGGAGCUUAGGAAAACUACACUAUUAUGGUGGAAGUGUAACUUUAUUUGUAUAUUUAAAAUGAAAUAAUAUUCAUUCAUUCUAAGAAAUGUAAUUACGAGUAUACCUUCUUUGGCCUGCUGAUGUGGUGUAGUAUGAAUAACCCAAAGUUGUUGGAGAAUGAAGAGGCUAAUAAAUAUUUAAUUCUUUUCAGUUUUUAUGAAGGCACUACGCCAUGUGCUUGUUAUUUUUGGUGGUUUAAAUUAAAUCAUGGUGUCAUUAUACUUGAUAUUUAAAUUAAAUUAAAAAUGAGACUCAUUGAGCUUUUAUACUUGAUUUGGUGCUCUUCAUGGCAGUGAUGUACCAAAAUUGGCUGAUGAAUGCGAACUACCAAACGAUGGGUGGAAAGUUGAGCAGCUCCUUGAGCACUUACUACACUCUUAUUGCUGGAAUUCCUGGAGCAGCAGAUGAAAAAAACAGAUUUUCAUCUGGCGUACACAGUUUGGUGCUUGAUGGGUGGUGUAUUUGUAUAGUUUCAGUGGAGCAAGACUUAAAAAAAAUCUAUGGAUGAUGUACAUAUGUAUAUAAUUGGGUGCAAAGGAGCCGUUGUAAUAUGACUUGUUGGGUGGAAGUUCCCAUGUAAAUAUUUUUUGAUGGGUAGUUUGAGCAGUUGUAAUUAGUUUUAGAUUUAAAGGAGAGAAAGUGCUGUUGUAUGUUUUCA